AUGCACCGCGUCGUCUGCGAGAUGCGCCGUCACUCCCACCACCUCAGAAACUUGGGUACGAUCCCUGAGAUCACCGUUGACGGCGACAGUGGCGAUGUCUGCGGCGAGUCCGAUGAGAACUACGCCGCCGACGCGCCCCGCCCCACGCCUUCUGGCGGCUCCGAAGACGCCUGUGCGCCCGUGGUCGCAGACUCUGCCGAUGGCGGUCCGGCGCGCGUGCUGGUGUUGGGCGAGAGGGGCGUCGGCGGCAGUGCCCUCGUGGAGGCGCUUCGCACCAUCGCCGCCGCCGAAGGCAUCGACCUCCCGAUCGAGCGCCACGUCGAUGACCACUUGCGCGCAGACGGACAGGGGGCGGCGAUCGUGAUCCACGCGCUGGCGGAGGCGCACCCCUUCAUCGCGGUGUCGGUCGAGAAGCAAACCAACGUGGCGCUCUUGUGGGGCAUGGUGCGAGCCGCUUUGGCCGCACCGCCGUCUCCACCACCCCCGUCAAUCGACGGGAGCGGGGCACCAUUGCCAGGCAAACUCUGCGCCCCUCUUGCCGAAGACAGCAUGCUCUCAUUCACUCUGCGGACAGAGACGGCUUCGCUUCACCUUUCUCGUGGGCGCUGA